AUGGUUGAAGUAAUGACCAGUGAAGUGGAUUGUCGUCGUGGUGCUCACGUUAAUCCAGAUAUUUUCAAGCUUGAAAAUAAACCUAAGAAUAUAUUAUGUCAUGAAAUCGGUGCGGGUUCACGUUGUUUAAAGUGUGAUUGUCCAGGUCUCGAUUUACACUACUGGAGGAAAAUGUGUAAAGUAUGUUCCUGCAGGAUGGAUGAUCACGAUGUAAUAUUACCAAGAAACAUGGACCAUGGUCAAAUAGUGAUAGGUCGUUUGUUUGAUUUCCUACCCGAGUUUGAGAGCAAGUUACGUUUACAUUCGCCAUCACCUUCAUUAUCGAACUCUAAAAAGGCUUAUCAUGUUCCUAAUACUAAAUUAGAGAAAAUCAGACUGGACUCAAUGUACAAUGUGAGAUUUGAAGAUACUAAGGAGAAAAACAAAAUGUCGGAAUAUACGUGGGUUCCAACAACCGACAGAGUAUUAGCUGAGAAAUACUUCAGUGCUCUUCCAGAAAGCGAACGUCCUAUUGCUGACACUGAAGGUGCCCUAAAUCGGCGUCACAAAUUACAGUAUCAGUUGCCACAUCAUGAUUCUGACGCAUCUGCUGCGAAAUCUCUAAAGACUGAAUUGGAUAGGAAGGAACACGCGAAGUAUGUAAAUACCGUAAAGGAAAGGAUUGUUGGUGUGGGUAAGUUAAUUGAGUUCUCUGAAACGAAUACAUUAAAUGACAGUUGGAAGACUACGGGAUCUGGAUCGCAUGAUAUUGGAAGCAUUAGCUUGCAAGACAAUUAUGGGCUUAUUUUCUCGAAAGAAUAUACUUUUGCUGAGGAUAAAAGCUGGCACUUGGAUCAUUUUUGCUGUUUUGGAUGUGAUAUGCAACUCGGUGGUCAUCGGUAUAUGAUGAAAGAUGAGCAACCUUACUGCUUCAAUUGUUAUAUGGAAAGAUAUGCUAAGACUUGCCGUUUUUGCCUCAUUAAAAUAGCACCUGAUCAACAGCGGAUUUCAUUCAAAGACCUACACUGGCAUGCUGGAGACGAUUGUUUCCGGAAGGUCAUUUUGAUAUUGAUUCCGAUGACUGGAAAAGACAAUGAAGUGCUGAUUGAUCGUAAUCAGCAAUUGGGUGAUGGGUGCAAGAAAUUUGAUCCCAUGAAAAUUUCUGUGGUGCGGAAGCAUACAGGAAGUCCAGGAAUAAUACUGCAAUUAAGUGCUUUGAUAUGGUUAACCCUGCAAAAUUCAGCACAUACAUUAUUGUUACGGUAUUCGAGGGUCCGAGUUGUCGAGAAAGUGUUUCUUCCAUCAGUUGCUGUAUUUUUCACUGAAGUUCUCAAAUUAAUUACCUGUCUACUUUUCAUCAUUUAUGAGGAAAAGGGCGAGGCUGUUGGUUGGACUUGGAAGGAGUUGCGCAUGCUGGGUCUUGUGAAACAGGAAGUAUUUUAUAAUUCAAAAGAUACUUUCAAAGUUUGUAUUCCUGCAGUGAUCUAUAUUAUACAAAAUAAUCUCUUUUACGUGGCAGCAUCUCAUCUCGAGGUGGCAGCAUACAUGGUGACUGCACAGUUGAAAAUUUUCACAACAGCGAUAUUUGCAGUAAUUAUAUUGAAAAGAACCAUUACUAAGAGGCAAUGGUUAUCUCUUGGUGUGCUUUUUGUUGGUAUAUGCCUCGUUCAGUUGGAUCAGCAUGGAACAAAGAAAACUUUGUCUUUCAACGAUCCUUAUUUAGGAUUUUUGGCUUCCGUUUCUGCAUGCAUUCUUUCCGGUUUUGCAGGAAUAUAUUUUGAAAAAAUUUUGAAAACCAGUCCAUCUAUAUCGGUGUGGAUGCGUAAUGUGCAACUAGCAGUGUUUGGAAUACCUUCGAGUUUUACCGCUUCCAUUAUGAAGGACCAUGGAAUAAUUUUUAAUGAAGGUAUGCUGUAUGGUUUUGAUAUGCUAGUUUGGAUUGUUGUUUUCUGGUACUGCAUUGGUGGUUUAUCCGUUGCAGUAUGUAUUAAAUAUUCUGGUAAUAUAGCGAAAAAUUUUGCGACAGCGGCUGCUAUUGUUAUUAGUAUGGUAGCAUCAAUAUUUCUUUUCGAUUUCAUUCCGAAUCCAUUAUUUUUACUUGGAACCGGAUUGGUUAUCACUAGUAUUUUCUUGUAUUCAAAUUCCUAA